UUUUGAUUGGAUUAACCUAUAAAGUUUGUUUAUAUACAUUUUUGAAUUUCCUUAUUUUAAAUUUAAAUUAACUUUCACCUUUUUUAGGCAAAUGAUUCAACAAUGAAGGCGUAAUAUUAAGUAAUAAAUGACUCGUAGGCGAUACAUUUUAGGAUAACUUUUUUUUUCAAAUCAUUAACUAUGGAGUCUUGCAUUUUAACAGUAUUCCUAGUUUUAAUACAAAAAAUCUCAUGUGAUAAUUUCUCUAGUAUUAAUCUACCAUUAGAACACAUUCCGUACUAUUUUACAAAGUUUCCCGACGUUGCCGCAAAGUGCCAAAACGACCCCGAAUGUCCCUAUAAAGACCACAUUCAAACCAAACAUUGGGGUUACGAGUUCAACGUUGAAUGGGGCCAGCAGUAUUCAGUGCCAGACUGUCCUGGAGACCACAAAGGUUGGGUACAAACAAAAUUCGAUCAACAAAACACAUUUUACACUCAAGGCGAUUUCGGUUUUGUGAAACAACAAGCGCUCGAAAUGAAAGUGAUUUGCGAGCCCCUUUUUCCUCAUGACAGUAUUUUGGAAUGUUCCGAUCACAUGCGCUAUUGCAGAGGAAGGAAUUUAAUGAUUAAUUUCACUAGUUUAGCCAACAGACAGGAACCUAUUAGGUAUAAAAUGGAUGUGCUAAGCAAAGGAGAUAUAGGGGGCUAUUGUGAUUUGAAGGAGGAUGAAAUUGAAAAACAAGCUGAUCAUAUAAGCGCCUUGCAAAGCUGGGGACCUGAAAUUAGGUAUUUUACUAAAUUGGAUGAUAGGCCUAUUGUGAAAGGAGUUUGUGAUGUCGUUAUAGAAAGGCCUACUUAUAUUAUGAAGAUAGAUGCUACAGUAAACAUGUACCAUCACUUCUGCGACUUUCUCAACCUCUAUGCUUCGCUUCACCUAAAUAAUCAACCAGACGCCUUUUCAACUGACAUCAAUAUUUUAAUAUGGGAAACCUUCACUUACCGUUCACUAUUCCAAGAAACAUGGAAAGCUUUCACAACUCGAGAACUGUGGGAUCUGAAAACGUUCAGAGGCGAAACUGUGUGUUUCAAAAACGUAUUUUUCCCAUUAUUACCAAGAAUGAUUUUUGGGUUAUAUUAUAAUACCCCUUUGAUUUACGGUUGCAAAAAAAGUGGACUGUUCCAUGCCUUUUCCAAACACAUUUUGCACCGUUUGCAAAUUCCUAUUUAUCCUAGAGUAAAUAGGAAAGUUAGGGUGACUUUAUUGUCAAGGGACACUAAAUACAGAAGGAUUUUGAAUGAAGAUAAACUAAUGGAAGUUAUAGAGGAUAAUGAAGAUUAUGAAAUCCAAAGGGUUGUUUACAAUAAGGACAUUCCAUUUAAAAAGCAACUGGAAAUAACUGCCAACACUGACGUUUUAGUGGGGAUUCACGGAGCUGGACUUACACAUUUAUUGUUUUUGCCUGAUUGGGCUUCAGUAUUUGAAGUGUAUAACUGUGAAGAUGCAAAUUGCUACUCAGAUUUAUCGAGAUUAAGAGGAGUGCAUUAUGUUACUUGGAAAGAUAGUGAUAAACUUACAUCAGAGACUGAUGGUUCACAUAAAGGUGGCGCACAUGCAAAAUUUGCAAAUUAUUCAUUUGAUGUGAAGGAGUUUCAAAGAUUACUCAAAGAAGCCACUGAUCAUGUCAAAAAGCAUCCACAAUUUAAUGAAUAUGUGGAUGAAAGUAAACAAUAUGGACAUGAUGAAUUGUAAGAGUGACUUUCUAAAAAUAUUUUAAAGUGAUAUUCAAAUCAGGGUAAUAAGAAUCCUAUAACAUAAAGCUUUUUUUUGGUUUUUGAGAUUAAGAACCAAUUGUAGAACCCUUUGAAGAAUCCGAGGGGUAAACCACCUUGGAAAAUAUGUACAGUCUUGAACAAUGAAAAUACUCCCCUAUUGCUUGCUUAACUAUCACUACUUGGCUGGGUACCUGUAAUUCUUAUCUCUUCGGUUUUACAACCUUAUAUUUCUUUUGAUAUAUAGAAAUAUGAGGUCUUAAAACCGAAGAGAUAAGAAUGACAGGUACCCAGCCAAGUAGUGAUAGUUGAGUGAGCAACAGGGGAGUAUUUUCAUUGUCCAGGACUGUACACCAGAAUCCCACUUCUAACGGAAUCCUACUGAAAUCCCACUCAAUCCUACUGGAAUUUGUAUUGGAAUUCCAUGGGAAAAGAAUAAAAUUUUGGACUAAUGGAAUAAUCGGAAGUUUUUUCUCACAUUUAGGUAUGAAAAAAUGAUUAAAAUCUACAUAAAUCACUUGUGCAAAGUACUUCUAAUGAUCACAGUGAUUUGAAACUUCCAGGAUUUGUGAAUUAAAGUUUCCUUUUUGUGGAAAAGUUAAUUUGAAGUUGAUUUGAAGCUUCCAACUAAAUUUGUAAGAUUUUUCUCACAUAAAUGCAUGUAAAAAUAAUUAAAAUCACUUGUGCAAAAUACUUCUAAUGAUCACAGUGACUUGAAACUUUCAGGAAUAAUGAAUAAAAGCCUUUUUCAUUUGGAAAACUUAAUUUAAAGUUCAUCUGAAGCUCCAAAUCAAAGUUUGAAAAACUGUCAAAAUGUGCUGAAACUUGGAGAGUUUUUGAAUUAAUGAGUGAAAAUUCUGAAUCAAAAAUGAAUGAGUUAUUGAACUCAAUAAUAAGUCGCUCUGAUAUAAAAAUGAGGAACUUCAGAAUCUGGAAUUCCACUGGAAUCCCAGAUGCUUGUACGCUAUAAUUCCAAGAUGGUUUACUCUUCGGAAGAACCUAAUGAUCUGUUAUGUGUCAUAUUUUUCUACCUCUAGUCUUAUACAUACAGUUUUUUAAAGAUUUUAAUGCUCAAAAUUGCACUUGAAAUGUAACUAGUGUUUAUUGAAAUAUUUGUAGAAUCUUUGUAUAACUUUUUUAGAUCUGAUUGUCAUAUUUUUCUUAUAAUCAAAUUUUUAUGUAAUUUUCUAACUUUAAUUUAUAAUUAAAAAAGAAAAACUACUUCCCUUAACUCCAGAAUUUUUAUUAAAAACAAUAAACAGCUUAAAAAAAAAGAUAAAUUAAUACAAGUUAACAUUUCAUUAAUUUUAAUUAAAUACAAAAAUUAUACAUUGUGGCUCAAACUAAAAAGGAAUCUACAUUUUUACUUUUUUUUACUCCAAUAAAAGCGAAACUGUACAAAAAUAAGGAUAAUAUACUCGUCAUAUAUUCUACCUAGAUUAUAAAGAGGCAACAUCAAUGACUUGAAAAGACUCAAUUUUGAAAGACUGUAGAAGUACUGCAAGAAUUCAAAGUUGCCAGAAAAUUUACAUGAGUUUGAAGUUUCUAAGGCUUUUGAUUUAAAGUCAUUAAAGAUUCCAAAGGCUUUGAAGUUCUUAGAGAUUUCGAAGUGUCUUGAGGAUCAUAGCCUUAAAGUAGAAACUCCAAAAAUUCUAAAUACACAUCAGGAAAGUCUUUAAAGAUUCUCAAGACAUAAUGAUUUUAGGCUGAAGCCUCUGUUGAUGUAAGACUAAAGCCAAUUCUAACAACGCCAAAACUACAAGAAAACAAUGAUUUUGUCAGAUUUUUAAUUGUCCUUGAAGACCCAAAGAUUGUCAACACUUUGCCUUAAAGCUCAUGAACUAAGACUAAAACUAAAACUUUGAAUCAAAGACCUAUUUUUCAAGAUUUUAGAAGGAUGACUCUAUAUAACUACUUGGUAGAUUUAAGUCCUAAGACUGAAGCUUCUGAGGAUUCUAAAGUCCAAAAAAAAACUACAAAUUUCAAAGAUUUACAUGCUCUUAACUUGAAGCCACUAAAUAUUCACAAAUCUUGAAGAAUUCAAUGAAUUUGAGUGGCUGGUAAUCAAAAGCCUCUGCAGAAGACUUCAUGAACUAAAAGAAUGCGACUCUAAAAACUUUGGAUAAAACACUGCAGACUUUGAUUUGAAGACACGGAAAACUUAAGUCUCAAGACUGCAUCUGAAGAUUCUAAAGUUACUAAAAAACCUACAAAUUUCAAAACUUAAUUUAAGACUUUGAAUUAAAAAGAUCUGACAGACUGAGGUCUUUGAAGAUUCUGACAGCUAUAAAGACACCUUAUUUAUUUUACAAAAAUCUAAAAAUUAAUGCUGGCAUUUUGAUUUCUAUAUACAAAUAAAUACAUUUCUACAAAAUAUCGUCAAAAACACUCCCGUUCAAAACUUCAACUUCCACUCUUUCAAAUACAGCCCAAACACUACACCACAAUUAAUCAGCAUAUACACAACAAGUAUCAACAAAGCAUUAGCGUUACUCACAAGUUUGGUAUUUGUCGAUAAAUUAACAAACCCAGUUAGUACGUUCCCUACUAGAAAAAAAACCAGCCCGUUGUAGUUGACUGCCUCGUAAAGAUAGGGCGAACAAACGUAAUGCCGCAAUUUGUGCCGGAACAAAUAUUUUUCGGCGUUUUCGGCCAAGUAAAACAACCAAGUCAUCAAAAUGCCUAUAAAGAGUAUCCAGAAAAUGUAACCGGCGUUCGCCAGACGUCUGGACACUUGGAAAUGUUGAUUACAAAAAAAAGUCAGAGUCAAUGUUAUUGCAGUACUCAAGAAAAAUUUAACGCUGGCUUUUCUAUAGUUUUUCUCUUGUUGCUUGAUAACAUAAGCAAAAUAAACUGAAUGCAAAUACAAAGCUACAUAUCCUAUAGUUGAAACUAUACCUUCCUUAUUGGCAUCUAAAAAAUUAUUUCUAAUAUCUGACUGAAACACCCAUUGUUUAAAUGACAUUUGCAAUAAAGUUUCAUGAGCAAAUGUUAGCAUUGAGGCAUUUAAAAAAAUAUAUUUUACGUUGAUAACAUUGAGUAUACAUGAAGAGAAAAUUUUUGUAAAAGCUAAAGUUAUAAAAAAAUUCCAAUGGACACCAUAUUCAGAGCUAGACACUUUGUAGUGAGUCAGUUUAGUUGAAACUAGCCUCAAUAAGCCUAUUAUUAUUAGUAUUGCUGAACCUCUUAUUGAAUUUUGUAUGGAAUCUUUUUUACCUUUAACUUCGGGUGCUACAAUUGCAUUGGCAAAUACGUACAACCCAACACCUACAUCCAUAAGACUGAAACCAGUCAAAUGUGUUUUUGAAUAUUUACUAGGAAACACUUUAAAAUCGACAGCCAAAAUCGCUAUCACAGAAAUCAAAUUAAUUGUGGCACGGACAUUAGUAAUAUAAUCCUUUUUAUUUGACGUUAUACUCUUUGGAGCUUUAAUGCUCUUUUUUCUUUUACAAUAAAUAUAAACCAAAGAAAUAAUCAAGUGCAUGCCCAAUAUGAAACACGAUAUAAUGACGACGUUUGUUACAUAAGGUGAUAGUAUGGUGACGUUUAAUAUGAUAGGUAUUACUAUUACAACAAAUUCUGCAAAGAAUAUGGAGGUUUUACUUUGUAGCGGUAACAAAAGGGUGGACAGCAGGACUGCUAUGAUCAUGUAGAAAAAUGACGGCAGGACCAGCAGGAUUGUUUCCGUUGCGUUUUGGGCGUUGUUUGUGGUC